AUGCAAAGCGAUUAUUACCCCAAAUGUGAUGGAAUUGAACAAGUCAAAAAAAUUAAACAUGCUAGUGUUCAAACUAUUAAAACUGGUGUUUAUGAAGGUGGGUUUCAAAUAUGGGAAGGUGGUGAUGAUCUUUAUAAUUAUAUUGCUCAUCAUAUUGAAUUGUUUAAAGGGAAAAAAGUAUUAGAAGUUGGAUGUGGACAAGCACUGCCAUCCGUAUUAUUGAAAAAACAUGGUAUUGAAGUUGAUGUAGCUGAUUAUAAUAGCGAUGUUCUUGAACUUACAAAAUUAAAUUUUCAAGUAAAUGAACUUGAUAUCAGUAAUGUAAAAUUCAUUAGUGGUGAUUGGGAUUUAAUAGUAGAAGGGAGAUAUGAUUAUAUAAUUGGUGGUGAUGUUACUUAUAAUCCUGAAUAUCAACCUAAACUUGCUCAUCUACUUUCUCGAUUAUUAAAAGAAGAUGGUAAAGCUAUUAUUGCUGCAAAAGUUGUUUACAUUGGAAAUGGAGGAAGAAUUGUUGAUUUUUUUGAAUUAAUGAAACAACAAGGAUUUGAUUAUCAUUAUGAACAAGUUAGUCAUUCAGGUGUUGUACGACUAAUUGUUACAUUUACUCGUCGUUCAUAA